AUGAGGAGUGUCAUACUCCUCGGAGCAGUUCUGGGAUUCAUGGUUCUACAAACAGAGGGAGCCGCGCCCGUUAUUAGUGGCACGUACACGGCGUCUAUGAACGAGGAGGAAGUUGUUGGAACCACUGUACCGUUUACCUUCACCGCCACUGAUGCUGAUGCCGGAGAUAUUUUGACGUAUGCCUUGUCAGGAGUGGACUCCGGUAAAUUCGCCAUCGACGGGUCUGGCGUUAUAACAAUAUCGUCAGUCCUCAACUAUGAGUCACAGACAUCGUUCAGCAUCACGCUGGAGGUGACCGACACGAUCGCCACCACAACCACCGUCACCCAGGUCCUUACACUCACCCUGGUCGACAUCAACGACAACUCACCAGUCUGCACUCCCAGCGUCAUCUACUCCGGCGCCAUCGCAGAAAACAACGGAGCAAAUGAAAUCGCUACAACAAUAUCGUGUGCCGACGCUGACGGAUCCAGCCCAAACAACGCCGUCACCAUUUCCAUACAGACUCCACCUGCAGAGUUUACGAUGUCUGGGAACGAUGUCGUCACAACUGGAACAGCUACCAACUACGAAGCUACACCGGCUUACACACUUAUCAUACACGCCGUAGACGGGGGAGGAACCCCAAACACUGGAACAGUCACGGUGUACAUACAGAUACAGCCAGUAAAUGAGUUUACUCCCGGUUGGGGAACCUUCACCCCAGUCGGCUCGACCCACAACAUUAACGAAGAUUCCCCGCCUGGCACCUCCGUCGUUACAGUAGUUGCUACAGAUUCAGAUACCGGGAGCGAUGGCACCGUCAGCUAUUCCCUGGUGUCAACCGUGACAGACGGAGGCUCAUCCGUUGCUGGUAUAUUUAGCGUCGACGCCAUAUCUGGACAACUGACAACCAUCACAAAUAUCGACCGAGAGACCCCGGUAGCCUUCUACACCGUCACCGCCAGGGCCUCCGAUGGCGGAACACCUCCGAAGACCAUCGAUACAGUGCUUACGAUAAACAUAAACGACAUCAACGACAACGCGCCAGUCUUUGGAUCCACCAGCUACUCCGUGUCACUUCUGGAAACAGCCACUACAGCCGGAGCCAGCAUCAUAACCGUUGCCGCCACAGACAGUGAUAUCACUGCUGCAACUUUGACAUACGUCAUAGAGUUAGGUAACACCGGCAACAGGUUCGAGUUUGAUGGAACGACCGCCGGUCUCCUGAAGCUGAAGGCGGGAGUGGCAAUAGACCUGGACACUGGCACAGACCCCAGUUUCUACACACUGAGGGUCAUAGUUAAGGACGGAGCGACGCCAGAGAAGACAGGGACUUCGUACGUGACGAUCACGGUGAACGCAGUGAAUGAAGCGCCGCCUGUGAUAGGGGCCGUGACUCCAGCCUCACCAAUUUCUGUGAACGAAGACAUCGGUAUCGGGACGGUGAUCGCCACGGUGCCGGCUACUGACACAGACUCGCUUUCCGGGGACACCAUAACGUUCACCAUCACCGCGGGUAAUACGAACUCUGAUUUUGUUAUUGAUCCAAACACUGGGAUCGUUCGCAACCAAAACCAACUAAACUAUGAAGUAACCCCAACAACGUACACACUGACGGUCACUGCUACAGACAGUGGCGGGUUAACCGACACCGUAAACAUCGUCGUCAACGUGCAGGACGUCAACGAGGCCUCACCGACCUGCCCGACUUACUACGUCUCCGCCACCGUCGUCGAACCAGCCACAGUUGGAGAUGUGGUGACGACACUAGCCUGCACGGACGCCGAUACGGCAGACACGUUAACGUUUACCAUAACGACUGGUGACACCAGUGUCUUCUCAAUGAGUUCCGCAACAAAGAAACUCACACUGCUUACCACUCUGGACUACGAAGGAACCAAAAACUACCAACUCACCAUCGAAGUGAAAGACUCCACUGCAACCAUCCGAACAGCAACAGUGACGGUCACCGUACUUGUCUCCCCUUUCAACGAAUCCCCACCGACCUUCACCUCUGCCCCUUACUCCGUAUCAGUCGCCGAGAAUAUCGCCGUCGGGACCUCGGUUCAGCAAAUCACCGCCAGCGACACAGACCAAGGUUUGCUCCACGGAACACUUCGUUACAGCAUCACCGGAGGAAACGGUCUCGGUCACUUCACCAUCGACAGCAAUGGCCUCGUAACGACUGCACAGAGUCUGAACAGGGAGACGACAUCAACGUACACUCUCGACAUCUCCGUCGCCGACGAUGUUACCGGAGCAGCCGAGGAGCACAUCGUCACGACGACGGUGACGGUGACGGUGACCGACGUCAACGACAACGUCCCAGUGUUCAGUCCCGUGUUUUACACGGCGAGUCACGUGGAAACUACACCAGCGGCAACUCCUCUGGUUACAGUCACUGCCACAGACGGAGAUGCUGGCGCAAACGCCAUUCUUGUGUACUCGGUUUCAUCGGGAGACAUAGAUAACAUUUUCGAAAUGUCUGGAACGAAUCUACAGCUUCAGGCGGGAAAGUCGAUGAACUACUUAACGAGACAGAUCCACGAUCUGGUUAUAGAGGUCACAGACCAGGGUGCAACACCUCUUAAAGCUCAAGCCAGAAUCGUCAUCAACGUUCUUUCCGUGAACGCCAAUCCUCCAGUGUUUGCUGGAGGAAGUGUGACUCUACCGGCGAUAAGCGAAACCACGGCCAUCGGAACAACAGUCUACCAAGCAGUCGCUACGGACAGCGACGGCGGCGCUAACGGGGCCAUCACCUACUCCAUCUACAGCGGUAACGUCCCGGCAGACUCCUACGCCAUCGAAAGCAGCACAGGAAAAAUCAUCGUUUGGUCUCUACUGGAUUUCGACACUCCGCCGGUCUCCUACACUUUGAUAAUCAAGGCCGAAGAUGGCGGUGGAAAGAACGACACCAUGUCGGUGAUUAUCCCCCUGAAAGACGAGAACGACAACGUCCCCAACUUUGGCGCGUCCAUAUUUAACGUGAACGUUGACGAAAACGUGGCCGUCGCCACAAAUCUCGCUCCCGCCAUCGCGGCGACCGACGGCGAUUCAGGAGUCAACGGUCAAAUCGCCUACUCUUUGGUCGGUGGCGACGGGACGUCGACGUUUUCCAUCGACGCCACGACUGGCGUGAUCGCGACCACGGUCGCAGUGGAUUACGAGAGCAAGAAGCUCUACUCGCUGAUUGUGCAGGCGGUGGAUGCCGGAACUCCCGCCAACUCGGCCACGUGCCUCGUGCUGAUAACCGUCAACGAUUUGAACGACAACGCUCCCGUGUUCACGCCAGUGAACGUGACGAUAUCGGUGACGGAAGCAGCAACGGUCGGUACGUCCAUCAUCACGGUGGUUGCCAACGACGUCGAUUCAGCAGGAAAUCAGAAUAACGCUAUCACGUAUGCAUUGACCGAUGCGUUUUUCCAAAUCAACCCAUCGACAGGGGAGAUAACUACUACUGCAGCGUUGAAUCGAGAGUCCAUACCGAGCCACUAUCUGACGGUGACAGCUUACGACCGCACUCUUGGGGGAGCUGGGUCGCUCACAGGGACGUCGGUGGUGACGGUUGACCUCAGUGACGUCAACGACAACGCCCCAGUGGUCUCGGGAACCCCGUACGACCUGAGCAUCUCGGAGUCGCUGAGUCCAGUUAGCGUCGUCACCACCAUCGCGGCGUCGGACGCAGACGCCGGCGACAACGCCAGGCUGAACUUCACCAUAACAAACGGAAACACGAAUAACGACUUCACCAUUGAAAUGAAUUCUGGGAUAAUACAGGUGGCCAAUGCUCUGGACCGCGAAACCACUGCAGGCUACUUACUGGAAAUCACCGUCACCGAUUACGGAACACCGCCAAAGAGUGUCACAGUCACGUGCACUGUCACCAUCCUCGACGCCAACGACAACACCCCUGCCUUCAGCCAACCCUCCUACAACUUCAGCAUCGCCGAGAACGUCCCCCUGAACUCGUCCGCAGGUUUCCUGGCGGCUACCGAUAUCGACACUGGAGUAAACGGCGCACUGACCUUCGACUUUGUCACCUUCUGGGUUGGCGAUUCCAGUCACUUCCUACUGAAUCCGGCAUCUGGCGAGAUCAUCAGCAACAGUAACCUGGACAGGGAGACCUUCAGCGUGUAUGAGAUCUGGUGUCGAGUGUCUGACGGCGGGACACCCAAACUGUCAUCGGAAGUCAACGUCACCAUCCACAUCAAUGAUCUCAACGACAACAACCCGCUGUUCAGCGCCAACCUCUACACCGGCACAGUCGCCGAGAACAGCGCCGUCGGCACGACGAUUCUCACCAUGACGGUCAUAGAUCUCGACGUGGGCGUCAACGCCGCCAUCACGCUGUCCAUCAACACGACGGGAACGUCGGGAACGAACGCAGACACCUUCCUGGCGAUUAAUUCAGCAACAGGGGAGAUAACUGUGAAAGCGAAUAUAGACAGGGAGGUUUAUUCGUCAUUUGUAUUUGAGGUGAUAGCAGUUGACGCCGGAACAUCUCCACGCAGCUCAUCAACGUCCGUUUCUAUUGACGUUACCGACGUCAACGACAACACGCCAGUGUUCAGUCCCGUAUUCUACAACACCGAGAUCGCCUACACCGGGGAGUGCGACAACAGCAUCACUACAGUGACGGCCACAGACGCGGACAGCGGGAGUAACGGGCAGGUGGACUACUACCUGGUACAGAGCACCUACCAGUACCUGUUCUCAAUCGACUCUGCAGGAGUAUUUUCUCUGCGCUAUACGGCAACAGCUAACUUCAAAUACACCAUCGAGGCUGGCGCUAGGGAUAACGGCGUCGCCGUCAGUACCGCCACCACGUCGGCGACUGUCAGAAUCGACACGUUCGACCCCAACACGGUGAUCGUCUCUUUCCGCCUCACCAUCAGCAAGACUGAUUUCCAAAGCCAGCAGACGACAUUCCUGGACCAGGUCCAGACGCUCAUCAGAGCCAAGUACCCGAACGCCGUCGUGCGUCUGUGGUGUAUCGAAGAGAGAUCCGGCACGGCCACGACUCCGUCGGGAAGACGACGUCUGCUACAGACAAGUGCUCCUGUUACGGUUCACGUGUACACUGUCGCGGAUAACACGACAGAUUCGGCGGCAAACAUUAACCAAGGGAAGACAAUCCUUACUUCCGGUGAAACACUGACAUUCCUUACGACAGAUCCUAAUGGUUCUCCGUCAUCGGCUAUCACAGGCCCGGCGUGGGACUACUUCGGUAUCGAGACUGUGAAGCAGUACUACCAGACGACGACCCCGUGGGCGCAGACGACCGAGGGGAUCGCCAUCCUGGCCGUGGUCGCCAUCGUCGUCGCGUUCCUCAUCGCAGUCGCCAUCGUCAUCGCCUGCUGGCUGUACAGGAAGAGGAAAACACGACCACAGAGCGCAACGGCCCGAGCUCUAACAAAAGAGAAAAAUUCACCUCCAUAUUUUACAACGCCUAAAGCAACAAUACCGGACGCCGACAAGAAACAUCCACUACCAGCCGUUGUGGCUUUGCCUAUGCCAAGUGGCAGAAAACCGAAACCCGUUAUACCAGGCAAACGAGACUUUUUGGCAGGAGUUACUCCCCCUAGUGACACAAGGAUUCCCUCCCCUGUUGAAACAACGGGCAGCAGUAUGGCGAUGAAUCGUCACUUCAAUGGAACAGCUGUUGAUCCAGCGACCGGAAAGGUUUACGAAUACAACACGGAAACCAACGAACGAAGAUGGUUGGAAACAGAGGCAGGAAAAGCGGUGAAAGUUACCCAUCACUAGUAAUGGAAAUUAAAACAAACGAGAUUCCUUAAUAAAACAGUUCACUCAGAUAACGAUGUCAGACGAUAGCAACUACAUGAAAUGGUUGAUACGUAACAUGAUUUUAUUUCUGUGGAUGUCAGAUUGGAAACGAAAACAAAUAUGGGCAGAAAUAACUAUAUAUUUUUUAUAUAUUGCAGAUUCGCUAUGAACCAUCAUACGUGUCAACUUUAUUUGUUUUGUUGAUUUGCAGGGAUAUUUAUUAUACUUACUGUUGUAAAUAUAUGUAGCAUACGCCAGGGGUCGAAACACUAUCAUCCCGACCUGGUUUUGUUUGACCGUGGGCUGGGAAAUAUUUUAUCUGUCAGCAAUUAUGUUUCGUUGAUAUUCACACAUUACUUUGAGUCAAUAAUGUUUGGUCUGGAAGGUUUUGAUUUUUGAUCACUAACUGACAAUGUUAUGAAUCAUGAUUUAAGAAAAACAAGUUGUUUCACUUGUUAAAGACAAUGCACAAAUCUGACAAAACGUCUUAACCCUAUUUUUGCCUGUAAACUUAAAUCUACGACUGAAAAUCGUUUUAUAAAAUUGCAAAAAGUACAAAUAAUUUAGUUCAAAAUUCGUGUUUAUAAUGUUUUUAUAACGCUUUGGUUGGGGGCGCUUAUUGGAGAAGGGCGAUUAAUACGUCGAAUACUGUAAAUUGGUUUCUUUUAUCUUUAUCACGAUCAAUCUUAGACAAAUUGCUUAUUUUCUCAACCACAAUCAAUAAAUACUUCAAUAAUGGAUCCAUGGUAUGAUUUUUAAAAUUAUAUUUAAGAACAGUCGCUCUUACGGAAGAGCAUUAGGGCCAAGCGAAAAAACGUUUUAUUGUUUUAGAGUUGUCAACUAGACAUUUCGAGAUAUAAACUCGAAAUUUCAAGUUACUAUCUCGGAAUUUUUAGUUAACAACUCGAAAAAACAAAAACCUUUUUUUUUUGGCAUGGCGCUAAUGCUCUUCCGUACUGUCUUUCUGGGGGAAAGUUAUUUUUAUUGUUUUUGUUUACAUUAUUAUUAACGCAAGCAAACAGUGCUGAAGUCUACUAGCUCAUUACUGGUCAGUUAGAGCACUAUUACUUAAUAAUUUAUGAAUGUUAUUUAUUUCACUAGAUGUUACUUUAUUACAUGCAUUUUGUUUGGUUAGUUUCUGUCCCAAAUAUAGCAACAGAAACACCUUUUGGUCUUUAUUUAUUUAUUAUUAUUGCACAGUGCCAUAAUUAUAGAUUUGAAUGUUCUGUAACUAUUUCCCAUUGCAAUGCCUGUGAUACAUUGAGUCUAUACAUUCACACUCGAGAGUUUCAAACAUAUUUUUAUCAUUUAUUUUAAUAUUUGU